UGUAGUAGCCGGUUAUGGCGGCGGUGUGUGUUUGUCCAUGAGGUGGGGGACGCCUGCUAUUCUUGCGGUCUGUGACAGAGCGAUCUGGGCGAGGCGCUGCCAUGGCUGGAGUGUUUGACAUUGAUUUGGACCAGCCGGAGGAUAAUGUCUCCGACGAUGAGAAUGAGGAGGCUCAACUCAACGAUAUCAUGGACCAGUGCAGUGGAUUUGAGUUCAACAUGGAUGACUGUGAGAAGAUCGAGAUAUCAGAAGACAACGUCAAUCAGGGGACAGAGAACAUCAGACCAGAGUGCUUUGAGCUGCUUCGGGUCCUGGGAAAAGGGGGGUAUGGAAAGGUUUUUCAAGUUCGAAAGGUAGUUGGGGCUGCAUCAGGCAAAAUAUUUGCCAUGAAAGUUUUAAAAAAGGCUAUGAUUGUACGCAAUGCCAAGGACACAGCGCACACCAAGGCGGAGAGGAACAUCCUGGAGGAAGUGAAGCAUCCAUUCAUUGUUGAUCUAAUCUAUGCCUUUCAGACUGGAGGAAAACUGUAUCUCAUCCUGGAGUACCUGAGUGGUGGAGAACUUUUCAUGCAGCUGGAGAGAGAAGGCAUCUUCAUGGAGGACACAGCCUGUUUCUACCUGGCAGAGAUCUCCAUGGCUCUGGGUCACCUGCAUCAGAAGGGCAUCAUCUACAGAGACUUAAAGCCUGAGAACAUCAUGCUCAACAGCCAAGGUCAUGUGAAGUUGACAGACUUUGGUCUGUGCAAAGAGUCGAUUCAUGACGGCACGGUCACCCACACUUUCUGUGGUACCAUUGAAUACAUGGCUCCUGAGAUCUUAAUGAGAAGCGGACACAACAGAGCAGUAGACUGGUGGAGUCUGGGCGCUCUGAUGUACGACAUGCUUACAGGAGCGCCCCCAUUCACGGGUGAAAACCGGAAGAAGACCAUCGACAAGAUCCUGAAAUGUAAGCUCAGCCUCCCACCCUACCUCACACAAGAAGCCAGAGAUCUUCUCAAACGGCUCCUAAAGAGAAACGCCUCGUCACGGUUGGGAGCUGGAGCGGGAGAUGCCACAGAGGUGCAGGCUCAUCCCUUCUUCCGACACAUCAACUGGGAGGAUCUGCUGGCUCGGAAAGUGGAGCCUCCCUUUAAACCUUUCCUGCAAUCAGCUGAAGAUGUUAGUCAGUUUGACUCAAAGUUCACCAGUCAGACGCCCGUUGACAGUCCUGAUGACUCGACCCUCAGCGAGAGUGCCAACCAAGCCUUCCUGGGAUUCACAUAUGUAGCUCCAUCAGUUCUGGAAAACAUUAAGGAAAAGUUCUCAUUUGAGCCAAAAAUCCGCUCACCUCGACGGAUCGUAGGCAGCCCAAGAACACCUCUCAGCCCUGUUAAGUUCUCAGGGGCGGAGUGCUGGGCACGGAGCCCCCUCCUCCCUGGAGUCGGACCGAGUGUCCUCCAGUCCCCACAGGACCAGGCCAUGGAGCUGUCCACACCAGAGCAAAUGGACGUCACAACGAGCUCCGAGGCCUCCGCCCCCCUCCCCAUCCGUCAGCCCGCCGGGGUCAACCUGGCUCAGAUGAAGCAGCAGGCAUAUCCCGUCGUGGCCAAACGGCCUGAGCAUCUACGUAUGAACCUAUGACCCACCGCACCUCUUUAGGAGAGUUUAUUUCUUGACUCUUUAUUUUUUUUCUUUGUUGAUAUUUUUUUAAGAAACAAAGCAAAAACAUGGAUGCUAGAGACAAUUAAAUUCUGAAAUUGCACAUCCGCACACUACAUACACUGUCACAACCUGGAGUUUGUGCGUGGGUCUGGGACUCCAGCGUGCUUCAGUUAAAGUGCAACAUCACCAUCUCACCUCUGCUCCCACACCUCCGGUCUCAUGACCCUCGUCUUCUCUCUGAAAUGGACAAGUAGGACUGGAAAUGUUCUUUUGGGAGCUGUCGCCUUUGUUAAUCUGGGAGAUUAAUGGCAAUGAUGUAUCGUACGGUAUGCAAGCCGUUUUAAUCUAAAAUGCAGUCAAUCUUCGGUACAAGAGGACGUCCAAAGUGCUUUCUGCUGUUUGAUUGAAUGCCAGUGAGGACAUUGCUGCCAUAGGGGGGGUUCUGACAGUUCAGCUCCCUGCUUCUGAACAAAAUGGUAUUAUAGCUAAGGUUAUCAUGAAGAAAGAUCAAAGAAAUCCUCAUUUUUAGCAGCGUGCAAGCUGAGCUUCUGGUGUUGAUGAAUUAAGCUUUAUGUCUGAGGAUGUUUUAGAAAAUGGAUGAACUAUUGUGCUAAAAUCAGAUCGCCUAAAUUAAACCAGAAAAUACUGUGUUGACUUUUUACAUUCUUCUGGCAUGAAGUGGUUUAACUGAGACAGGAUCCAUGCUAUCAUCUGCUCUUCAGGCAGGCAGUGUUACAGGAUGUCUCUGGAUUAGUUGAGACUUAACUCGGCUUGAUCACAAUCACCACCUACACAUGAAACAGACCGUGGCGCUGCUUUGCGAGACCCCGCUCUUGGCUGUGGGUUCGGCCGUGACGAACAUCAGACCCCACGGACGGCUGGAAUGAUGCGCAUCAGAGACGGUGACACCAGUUGAUCUGGACGCCGUCUGCAGUUGUGAGGUUUAAAGCUCCAACGACUUACGAUAGCAUUUACAGCCUCUUGCAUCAGCGUUCACUUCUCUAGGAGGGAUUUUUAGAAUUCCUGAAAGGCAAGGAAAUUAUAAUAAAAUGUAAAAAAUUA